AAGACGAAGCUGGCGGGCACAGUGCUCACAAGAAGAAACACAAGAAACACAAGAAACACAAGAAGAAGCAUCACCAGGCGGACGUGGGGCUUGGCUUUUCCUCUGAAACUUUGGAAUCAGACUCUGGUACUGGAAAACCCCAGCUAAAACUUAAAAUCAAACUGGGUGGUCAAACUAUGGGCACAAAGAGUGUGCCCCACUUUUCUUUGGCUUCUGAGCUGAAGCAAUCUCCCUCUCCUUUGAUGGUUGAUGAUGAACCAGAUGAAGUGCCAUUGGACCAGUAUCGGGCAUGGCUGGAUGAGGAGAGCAACUUGGAUCCAUCUCCUUUACCAGACUUGGAUUCAGAAAGCCUUCAGGAACCAGAACAGGAUGAGGAGCAGCGAUGGCUGGAUGCUUUGGAGAAGGGAGAGUUGGAUGAUAAUGGAGAAUUAAAGAAGGAGAUUGAUGAAUCACUGCUGACAGCUAGGCAACGUGCCCUUCUACAUAAACAGCAAAGCCAACCCCUCCUGGAGUUGCCCAUGGGCUAUAAAGUGAAGGAGAUGACAGAGGAGAUGAUGGUGAAGCGAGCUGAGCGUGCUCGGAAAAGGCGUCUGCAAGCUGCAAAGAAAGCAGAGGACAACAAAAACCAAACAAUUGAACGGCUGACAAAAACUAACAAGGCCAAAGUCAAAACACUGAGGGAGAGAAAAACUAAACGAAUGCACUAUCCUAUGAUUAGAUAUUGCAACAGCGCUGAAGGGAUCACUGUCUCCUUUCCACAUGGAUGUCCAGCCCCCCUCCCAGCCGUCUCUCAGCCUGUGCCCAUCCCUGUAACCUGUGGGGUAGGAGGCUGUUCAAACUUCAAGAGAUACUCUUGUUCUAAAACUGGGUUACCGCUCUGCAGCCUCGAGUGCUAUAAAAAGAAUUUGUUGAUCCAGGGUUUGGCCUGAUGGGCUGCAAGCUUUGUUUUUAAUAUUGGCCCUGAAGAAAUAAGGGAAAGGUACCUACAAAGCUCAUUGGCUCAAGGUUUCUGCCGGCGCACUCCUACACUAACCAGGAACAAUCUCAGUUACCAGUAGAGAACUAAUUGGUGUUAAGAUUCUUCUGUAAUAUGAAUUACCUACAGAGCUUUGUUGGAUCAUGAUGGCUGUUUCUUUGGAAUUAUAUGGGUUAUGUUAGAGAAGUGGCAGGAUUACUGGAUGGUAUUCAGGCCGUUUAAUAUCCAUGAAAGGAAUAGUGUUCCUCACAAUGAGGAAUGAAACUGCUUCCCUGUUCAGUUCAUUAUGUUGACAGCAUGGCUCCAGUACAGUAUGACUGGUUCCACAAAUGAAGUCUCUUCCCUGUCCAAUGAUGCAUUUCAUCCUCACCAAUGUGAUGUUUCUCCAUUCCUUUCCUGUGAACAGCUUGGUGUAUAAUAACUACUCGGAGCAGCGUUCACUAAAACUGAGACUGACCAAUCCCGGGUUUCCUUGGACUCAGGUAGGGAGCAGAAUAGACUUCCAUCCUGUAAUGUGGAUUACAUACAAAUUCAGACCAGUUUCCAAGCUACUGCCCUUCUAAUCCCACAUUACUCAUUAGCUCAAUAUUCUCUUUCCUUCAUUUUGUUCCACACCAACCCUACCCCCACCCCAAAAUACUUAGCCCAGAUAUCCUUGGUAGUCAUGCUGUGCCCUGCAGACAUGCAGUUAGGAGAUGUUUUGGAUAGCGAUAGAGGAAUUUCCGAAUCUCAAAUGAGUCAGGAAGAGCUCCCCAGUUGCAAUCCAGGGAAAGGACAUCAGUCUAUUCAGAUUGUCUGUCCACUUGAGUAAAGAUUUAUUGGAGUUACUGAACAGUCUUAUCUUGUCAGGAAGCAUCUGUGGACAAAGAAGUGGUGUUGAUAUUUCAGGUCAAUGACCUUUCAUCAGAACUGGGAGUUUGAAUAUACUGUAGUGGCUGUAAACAUUUUGUUGACUGUCUGACUUGUACAUUCAGAACGUGGAAGGAAAUUGUCAGCAAAGGAUUGCUGCUUUAUGUAAGAUUUAAUAAAAUUUAAAUAAAGUAUAUUUUCACCAAAA